AUGGGUGAGCUACGAAGGAUGUUGAGGGCUGAGAUAGAACCAUUGCAUCAAAGAGUGGAUCGGAUGGAGAAUGCUGCAAGACACCGACAACAACAAGGUGUUCCCAGAAGAGCUAGGUCACAUCAUAGUGAUCCUAGUGACGAUGGAGAACAAUUGUCGGAAGUAGAAGAAGUACAUGAGAAUCCGAGGAGGCAAAGGCGUGAACCUCGUCCACGAGAACGUCUUGAUGAUGAUCUCAGUAGCAUCAAGAUGGAAAUUCACGGCCGGAACGAUGCGGAAACAUAUCUGGAAUGGGAGAGAAAGACUGAGAUGGUAUUUGAUUGCCAUCAUUAUUCCGAGUUGAAGAAAGUUAAACUCGCAGCAUCAAAGUUCAGUGACUAUGCAUUAAUAUGGUGGGAUCAAUUGGUUCUUUCACGGCGAAGAUAUGGUGAGAAUCCCAUUACCACAUGGGGUGACAUGAAAAUAGUCAUGAAGAGGCGGUUUGUACCCAAUCAUUACCAUCGAGAAGUGCAUCAAAAGUUACGAAGGUUGGUGCAAGGAAAUAGAAGUGUUGAGGAAUAUUACAAAGAGAUGGAAAUGUUGAUGAUUCGGGCCAACGUUGAAGAAGAUCGUGAAGCGACAAUGGAGAGAUUUAUUGGUGGGUUGAACCAAGAGAUCCAGGAUCGUGUAGAGAUUCAACACUACGUUGAGAUGGAGGAUUUGCUACAUUUUGCGAUCAAGUUCGAGAACCAAAUCAAAAGAAGAGGAAAAACACAUCAAAGGUUUGGUUCCAACUCAUCUAAUCCCCGACCACAAUUCACAAAAGAAGAUAAGCCAACUUUUGGCUCAAAAGGUGCAGCAAAACCCGAAAGCAAACCUGAAACGUCUCAGCCAAGAAAACAAGGUAUCUCUGAAACUUCUCAAUCACGUAACAGAGAUAUUCGGUGUUUCAAGUGUUUGGGCAGAGGACACUUUGCGAAUGAAUGUCCAAAUAGGCGAGCAAUGACACUACGUGAUGACGGAGAGGUUGAGACGGAGUCUGAGGAAGAGGGUAAAUCAGAUUCUGAUGCAUCUACGAAUGAGGCAAAAGAAGAAGAGAUUGUGCAGCGAGAAAACAUUUUCUACACAAGGGGGGUUGUCAAAGAUAAAGUGUGUAGUAUCAUCAUUGAUGGCGGGAGCUGUACAAACGUAGCAAGUACGUUGUUGGUAGAGAAGUUGGGGUUGAAAACAACAAGACACCCGAAACCGUACCGUUUACAAUGGCUCAAUGACAGCGGAGAAACGAAGGUGCAUAGACAAGUGAGUGUGCCAUUUUGUAUUGGCAAAUACAAAGACGAGGCGCUUUGUGAUGUAGUCCCUAUGCAAGCGGGGCAUUUGUUGCUUGGUAGACCAUGGCAAUUUGAUACUAAAGCUCAACACGAUGGCUACAGCAAUAAGUAUUCAUUUGAGUUCAAAGGUAAACCCAUUCGACUUGUACCUUUGACACCGAAGGAGGUUUUUGAAGAUCAACUCAAAAUGAUGAAGAAUGAGAAGAAACCAAUCAACAUGUGUGACCAUGAGGUAGAUCACUCAAAAUCUAGUGAGGCCUUGAGAAAAACCCAGAAAAAGACUUGUGAGAGUACACCCGAGAGGAAAAAUACCAAUUUCUUUAUGAGAGCGAGUGAGAUCAAGAAAGCAUUACUUUCUCGACAGCCAAUGAUUGUACUUAUGUACAAAGAGGCUCUUUUGAAUACUAACGAACUCACAUCGUCUUUGCCUAGUGUGGUUUUUGAUCUCUUGCAGGUGUAUGAUGAUGUUUUUCCUGAAGAGCUUCCACAUGGAUUACCACCUAUUCGAGGGAUUGAACAUCAAAUCGACCUUGUUCCUGGAGCUAGCCUUCCAAACAAGGCUGCAUACCGAACAAAUCCUGAGGAAACAAAAGAGCUCCAAAGACAAGUCACAGAACUGAUGGAGAAAGGUUAUGUUCGUGAAAGUAUGUCACCUUGUGCUGUUCCAGUCAUCCUAGUUCCAAAGAAAGAUGGUACGUGGCGUAUGUGUGUUGAUUGUCGUGCAAUCAACAAUAUUACGGUAAAGUAUCGCCAUCCCAUACCUCGAUUGGAUGAUAUGUUGGAUGAAUUGCAUGGAUCACGUGUCUUUUCUAAGAUAGAUCUUAAAAGUGGUUAUCAUCAAAUACGAAUGAAAGAUGGUGAUGAAUGGAAAACAUCAUUCAAAACGAAACAUGGCUUGUAUGAAUGGUUAGUUAUGCCAUUUGGCUUGACUAAUGCACCCAGCACAUUCAUGAGAUUGAUGAACCAUGUUCUAAGGCAAUUCAUUGGUAGAUUUGUGGUUGUUUACUUUGAUGAUAUCUUGGUUUAUAGCAAGAAUAUCGAGGAGCAUGUUGAACAUCUCAAAUUUGUCCUAGAAGUUUUAAGGAAGGAAAAAUUAUUCGCGAAUCUCAAGAAAUGCACGUUUUGUACUAACAAGCUAGUUUUUCUAGGAUUUGUUGUUAGUGAGCAGGGAAUUCAAAUGGAUGAAGAAAAAGUUGCAGCAAUCAAGAAUUGGCCAAGCCCGAAGACGGUGAGUGAUGUAAGGAGUUUCCAUGGACUUGCAAGCUUCUAUCGGCGCUUUGUGAAAGAUUUCAGCACCAUUGCUGCACCAUUGACGGAAAUCAUCAAGAAAAAUGUUGGAUUCCAAUGGAACGAAGCUCAAGAAACAGCAUUUCAACUCUUGAAAGGGAAGCUUACUGACUCUCCUCUUUUAUCUCUUCCAGAUUUUUCCAAAGUUUUUGAGAUUGAAUAUGAUGCUUCUGACGUAGGUAUUGGAGCUGUGUUGAUGCAAGAAGGAAGGCCAAUUGCGUACUUUAGUGAAAAGUUGAAUGGAGCUUCGUUGAACUAUCCAACGUAUGACAAAGAAUUGUAUGCAUUAGUGAGGGCGAUGCAAACGUGGCAGCACUAUCUUUGGCCGAAAGAAUUCGUGAUUCAUACGGAUCAUGAGUCCUUGAAACACUUAAAAGGUCAGCAUAAGCUAAACCGCCGACAUGCCAAAUGGAUUGAAUUCCUUGAAACAUUUCCUUAUGUAAUUCGUUACAAGCAAGGAAAAGAAAAUAUAGUGGCUGAUGCAUUAUCUAGACGGUAUUGUUUAUUGUCUUCUCUUGAUGCUAAGUUGCUAGGUUUUGAAUACAUUAAGGAAUUGUACGAAUCUGAUCAUGAUUUCCAUGAAGUGUUUCAAUCUUGUGCAAAAACUGUUUAUGGAAAGUAUUUUCGGCAUGAAGGAUUUCUGUUCCGAGAAAAUAAACUUUGUGUUCCUAAUUGUUCGUUGCGAGAUCUACUGGUUAGAGAAGCACAUAGUGGCGGACUAAUGGGGCAUUUUGGAGUGGCCAAGACCUUGUCCAUUUUGCAGGAACAUUUUUACUGGCCGCAUUUAAAGAGGGAUGUCGAGAGAAUCUGUGGACGAUGCGUGACAUGCAAGAAAGCUAAGUCCAAACUUCAGCCACAUG